AUGGCCCUUGUUAUUAGGUUUGUUGAUAGAAGUGGAUUUAUACGAGAACGAUUUUUGGAUAUAGUUCAUGUCAAAGAUACAACUGCUGCAACUCUUAAGGAAGAGAUUUCCUUUGUUUUAUCUCAUCAUAAUCUGGAUGUUCAAAAUAUUAGGGGUCAAGGGUAUGAUGGUGCCAGUAAUAUGCGUGGAGAGUGGAAUGCUAGAGAAAUAUCUGAUGUUCACACUUUCUUUCAGAAUUUAAUUUUUAUUAUUAACAUUGUUAGUGCUUCUUGUAAGCGUAAUGAUGAAUUACGGGCUUUUCAAGCAUCUACAAUUGAACAUUUAGUUGUUAUUAGUGAGAUUGAAACGGAUGGAUCUACUUAUUCUCAACGUGGUGAUGCGGCCUUUUCAUUUAAGUUGCUAAUGUCAUUUGAUUUUGCACUCAUCUUACAUAUAAUGAAGGAUGUUAUAGGAAUUACUGAUAUGCUUUGCCAAGCUCUGCAACAAAAAUCUCAAGACAUUUUAAAUGUUAUGCAUUUAGUGACUACCACAAAGACUUUAAUUCAGAAGUUAAGAGAUGAUGGUUGGAAAACUCUUUUAGAAGAAGUGACAUCAUUUUGUAAGCAUCAAGACAUUGAAGUUCCUGAUAUGGAUGGUUGUUUUUCUAGUGUGGGACGAUCUCGCCGUAAACAAAAAUUAGUAACAGUUGAACAUCACUACCAAGUUGAUAUAUUUACAGCUAUCAUUGAUCAACAAUUGCAAGAGCUAAAUAAUAGAUUCAAUGAGCAGGCAAUCGAGCUUCUUCAGUUGAGCACAACUUUAGAUCCUAGAAAUAGCUAUAAAUUAUUCAAUGUUGAAGAUAUAUGCUUACUUGUUGACAAGUUCUAUCCUCAAGAUUUUUCUGACCAAGAAAAAAUUCAUUUGAGACUUUAG